GCUCGUGUACUGUUACGUCACAGGUCAAAGUUGAAAUUGCUGACAACAGAGACAACAUGGAGGCCGAGAAUAGAAGAAGGAGCGGAAACGCCACUAAAACCUCUAAAAAAGGUGGGAAAUGCGACCAAUCACAGCCCGUCAAAGAAGAAGCAAGAAGGAGGGAGGCGGUGAGGGAGACGUUACGGGAGAAGAUGGAGCUGGAGAAACGAGCCAUGAAGGUAGUGGAGCGUCUCCUGGAGGACCGUGUGGAUGAAGACUUCCUGGUUGACUGUGCAUGGUUUAUUCUUCCUGCUAAUUACAAAGAUACUAUAGAGGAGCGAUCCAUAGCAAAACUGUGUGGCUAUCCCUUAUGUUCAAACAAACUGGGCAAGAUACCAACUCAAAAGUAUAACAUUUCUACUAAGACCAACAAAGUUUAUGACAUCACCGAGCGCAAAUGUUUUUGUAGUAACUUCUGCUACAAAGCCUCGAAAGAUUUUGAGCUGCAAAUCUCGACUACACCUCUCUGGCUCAGGCUGCAUGAAAGUCCUCCAGAAAUCAAAUUGAUGAAGAAAGGAGAUGGCGGGAUAUCUGGUGAGGAGGUGAUGCUGUUGGCGAAGGGUCUCAGAGAGGAGGACGUCGAGAACCCUCUUGCUGCUCAACCCCUGGACGCUCAUCAGCUGGAUUCUCCUGCAGACGGCCUCAGCCACAGUGAAAGCAGUGACAUUGAGCAGGAGCAGGACUUUGUCUCCAGUGUGGUUUCCCCACGGCAGGGACCCAGGGUGCACUGGGGCAACCUGCCUAAACUUACAGAUGAACAGAAAAGCCAUCGUGGGAAAGUAGAGAUGCAAACGAAACAGAGGAGGGACGGUGAUGAGGAGGAACUUGUGGGUCAUCGAAGUCAAGGUGCCGAUGGGGAGGGAAAAAUGAGGGAAGAUGAGAAUAGACGGGAAUCUUUAUCUUGUGAAACAGAAGUUGGAACUGAUGUUGAAAAACUGCUGUACUCAUCAAACCCAGAUAAACUUAAUAGAGAACAGGUGCCAGAGGAGAAAGGCCUCCUGGAUGAACCUAGUGUGGAAAAGGCUACAGCUAAACUUCAUUUGUGCAAUUUAUCUGAGACGGUCCCUCAUAGUACUCCGAAGCCUGUUGAUUUAUCAGCGGACAACAAACAAACAGAACACACGGAUCUACUCACCUCUCCACCAAGUAAAGACCCAAACAGCUUGGCAGAAAGCACAGAUCUCCCUUCUUCAAAACUGAGCAACAUGAAUCUGGACGGCCACGACGCUGCAUUGACCAGCCCGCCAGGCCUUAACAUCACCCAGGUGGGUAUGAGCAGGAGGGGGGCAGCAGGGCUGCAAGAAUUACUCAAAAACCACACAGACAAACCCAACUCCCUUCGGCUGAAUCUCCUCGAGUGCCUGAGGAGAACGUUAAAGGACUGGAGCACAGACGAGACCCUGAAGUUCUUGUAUGGUGCCGACCAUUCGCUACGCUGGCCUAUUGCCGAUGUUAAAGAAGAUAAGGAGGCCGGGGAGGAACUGGAUGAAGACGACCUUGAGGAUGAGGUGAACGAUGAGGAUGCAGCAGAGUUUGGUGCUGUGGGGCAGAAGAGACCAUCUGCUGCAGCUCCAGACUACCGUGUGCUGCAGAAGGAGACCCAGCAGCUGGAGCUACGAGUCAGGGAGUUUUAUCAAGGGACCUGGGUUCUUCCAGAGGAAGUGGAGGAGCCGCACGGAAGCAAGCAGGACCAGAGCACAAAGGACCCAGCUCUGCCGCUUGUUGACUCUCACGCUCAGCACGUCAUCCAGAAAAAAAUCACAGUGGAGAAGCUCACCAGCUGUCUCAGAAACAUUGUCGGCCCGCUGCAUCUCAACAUAAGUGACUUCUCCACUGACCUGAACAAGCUGGUCAGAACAUUCAGAUCUGAUGAAGAACUCUGCUGCCUCUUACUGGAAAACAUGAAAAAUGACAACAAGAGUUUCAUCAACCCUCUAUGAAGGUUUUUUACACAGCAGACAUCUUGACCGGUCAUAGCAGGACGAGCUUAGCUGAACAGGAGUUAUGUCCAUAUUGUGUUUAGAGGCUUUUGCUUCAAUACCUACGUAUUGUGCAUGCUGCUUACAGAGGUAUGAAUGUAAAAUAGUCACAGCUGUGACUAUAACACGUUUCCUUAUUGUUAUUAUUCAAAAUGUUUGCUGUGACAAAUGCUUAUUGUUGCACCACAUUUUACACGUAUUUGCACAUGUGUAUUUUUUUAAUGGUAUUUCUUUGCCGUGUGCUUUUCUGACUUGCUGGUGUAUUUUAAAUGUUGCAUUUCACUGUACUUUUUACCAGUGCCUUCAUGACAUUUAGAAAUGAAGAAUCACUAAACUUCCUAAACUGGUAAUUGUGCUUUUUGCACAGCGGGUAAAGUGCAAGCGGUAAUAAUAAUAACAAUGUUAUUAUGCUAAUUUAAAUACGCCGUGACAGUGACCGGCACAAUACACAAUACCAGGACGCUGGAUCUUAAGCUGGUAAACAGACAAUACAUUUAUUGUGCUGCACUUUGCAACUCCAUUUUAAUGUGACAUUUGUUACUUCAUGGAUAUUGGAUUAAUAUUUUCUUGCCCACUAGUAGUCAGUAUAGCGGUUUAUUAAGAAAUCUUUCAAACUUGUACCAAAACUGAACAUUCCUGCCCCAGACGUACUCAGGGUUCCUAUUGGCUGGCUUGGAUGUUGUCAACAGAAGUGCUAUUAAAUCACUGUGUACUGAGUAACACUUCCAGGGUUCAGCUUCCAGGAAUUCUCUUUUCUGCCGUCAGAGGCCCCGCUGACAAGAGGCUGAAACCAAAGAAUAUACACAGCUCUGUCACCGACACAUACAUCACAAGACUAUUGCAGCCGGUGUUUGUGGUGGUCGGUCCGGACUUGUGCACAUUCUGUUUCUCUAGCUUACUUAUCAUCAGAAUCUUGACGGUUUUUGACACCUGCCGUUUGAGACCUUCACAUAUAUUCUGUUUUUAGAUUGAUCUGCAACUCAUUGAUAAAUGCCCUUAUUUGACUUUUACUUA